AUGCCACAGGCUGAUCCAGGAGAGAGGCUGCUUGGCAAGCUGGGCUAUCGCCUGGGCCAGACAUUAGGGGAAGGCAGCUUCUCCAAGGUGAAAGCGGCCACCUCCUCCAAACACAAAGGCCCCUUGGCCAUCAAGGUGUUGGACCGACGGCAAAUGUCCGCAAAUAUUGUCUACAAGUUCCUGCCACGGGAGCUCUCCAUCGUGCGCAAAAUCCGACAUCCCAACAUUGUGCACGUCUUCGAUGUCAUUGAGGUCGGCAAUAGGAUGAUCUACAUUGUGAUGGAGGCCGCAGACACUGACCUGCAGCAGCUGGUGCAGGAGAAGGGGAGGCUGCCCUGCGUCCCCCAGGCCCGGGGCAUCUUUGUGCAGGUCGCCAGAGCUGUGCAAUACCUGCACGACCGCAACUUGGUGCACCGCGAUCUCAAGUGUGAGAAUGUGCUGCUCACUGCUGAUGGCCGCCAGGCCAAACUCAGUGAUUUUGGGUUUGGCAGGGAGAUCCAUGGCAAGCUGGACCUGAGCAGAACCUUCUGCGGGACAGCGGCCUACUCUGCCCCAGAGGUGCUGAUGACAGUCCCCUAUGAUGCCAAGAAGGCCGACAUGUGGAGCCUGGGGGUGAUCCUGUAUACCAUGGUGACCGGCACGCUGCCCUUUGGCUACGCCAAUGACCACAGCAUCGUCCAGCAACAGAAAAAGGGGGUGGUGUACCCAGAGGGGCUGCCCCCACUGCUGGAGCCCUGUCAGGCCCUCAUCACCCAGCUCCUCCGGUUUAGCCCAGCCGAGCGGCCCAGCGCUGGGCAGGUGGCCCGCAACGCCUGGCUGACAGGGCACAGCGCAAGGAGGAAGCGCGCCCCAGAGAUCCCGGCACAGCACUGA